AUGAACGGGCUGCAGGAUCCUGAGACUGCCACCGAGACUUUCCCGCCCUUCUCGCCGCCGCAACAGCAGAACGGCCAACUUCCCACGCCCGCCCUGUCGCCCAGUCCGACAGAAAUCUCCGCCACUGAGGAUGGCGCGCCCUCCGGUCUAGGCAUUUCGCCCGUUCCUGAAGGGGCCGUCGCGAAUGGCCUCGCGAAUUCCCCCGAGAAGAAGCAGGAUACAAACGGCGUUGAGAGGAGGGGGAGGUCGCAUCGCCAUGGAUCCGUGUCGAUGGAUGAGUCCAGGUUGGCUGGUCUGGAUACCAAAUUGGAGCAUUCGAGGCGCAAGAGCAGCGUGACUUCUCCCAGCGACGCUGAGAAGGAUCGCGUCCUGAAGCUAUCUCCGGCCCAAAUACACGAGCUGACCUCGUCGCCAACAUCGUUACCACUGCGUCCAGUGGAUGAGCCCAUCGAGCCAUUGCCAAGAUUGGAUGAAGCGCCUGUGAUUUUUGAAAAGAAAAGCCACACGAUUAGCAACUCCCGAGACGCAACGUCCCCGACCAAAUACGCGACCCCGUCUGAAAAUGGAGAGCAUCGAGUGCGCAGCUCGUCAAAGGCAAAGGACGCUCCUGCGCAUUCCGAGACGAAUCAUGUCAAGUCCUCGUCAAGAGAUUCGAGGAGUAAGCCCAGCAUGUCGCGCACCGUUUCAACCCCGAUCAUGCGCCGGAAACAAUCCAACAGAGGAACGCCAUCUUUAGAUCAAACCCAACUUAAACCUCGGCCAACCCCUUUGAACCUGGACGAAAAGAGGGGGGAUUCCGCCGGCGGCCUCAAACCUUCUGCCAUACAAGAAACUCCCAUAGCGUCUCCAAUGCCUGCAACUAUUCCGUUACCGCCAUUGUCCAUUCCUACCUAUCUGCAACUGGAGCUUUCGUCGGACAAACCCUCUCCGUUGUACAUUCAUCGGCCUGUGAACAGUGACUUCCCUUACGAGUCAUCGCGCAUCAAAUUCGAACGGCUAUGGAAUUUCCUUAUUCUCCCCUUCGAACUCGAGCAAUCUCUCGGUUUCGGUGCCCUUGCUUGUCUUGAUGCCUGGCUCUACACCUUCACAAUCUUGCCCUUGCGCUUCCUUAAGGCCCUCUGGAUCCUAGCUAAGUGGUGGGCAACGAAUGCAUGGAAAGAAGCGCACGACAUUGCCAUCUUCAUCUACCAAGGUGUGGGCAGAAUUCGGCAAAGAAGACGUGGGAUAAUUGAGCAUCCCGCUGCGAAUGGAUCAAUUGAUGAAGUAACGCCACGCAAAUCAUCUUUCUCUCAAGCUUCAGAUCCUCCUUCUGGAGUUUCAACCGGGAAUAGCAUCCCUCUCAUCAAAGAGCCACCACCUUCACGAAGGCCCCCAAAAUCCUCCAUCUACCGCCACCGCAGACUCAAGUCUGUACCUUCCACACUUCUUCCAAACCACAAAGCGGACAUCCUCAAAGGUUUGUUGGUACUUGCAACCUGCAUGGUCCUUAUGCGGUUUGAUGCAAGUAAAACGUAUCACAACAUUAGAGGCCAGGCGGCGAUCAAGCUGUACGUCAUUUACAACGUCCUUGAAGUAUGCGACCGGCUUUUCUCUGCACUGGGCCAAGAUAUCCUCGAGUGUCUUCUCUCACGCGAGACUCUGGACCGGAACGCCGACGGUAGAAGUAAGGUCAUCCGGCCUUUCUGGAUGUUCCUUCUAGCUUUGGCGUACACUUCCCUGCACUCCACCGCCUUGUUCUACCAAGUCAUUACUCUCAACGUCGCCGUCAACUCGUACUCCAAUGCUCUCCUGACGCUUUUGAUGUCCAAUCAAUUCGUCGAGAUCAAGGGAACCGUGUUCAAGAAGUUCGAGAAAGAGAAUCUCUUCCAACUCACCUGUGCGGAUAUGGUCGAGAGGUUUCAGCUCUGGCUCAUGCUUAUGAUCAUCGCCUGCCGCAACAUCGUCGAAGUCGGCGGCCUGAGCAUCCUCGGAGACAUAUCGGGCUCAUCCAGCGCCAGCAUCGGCAGCAACGGCACCGGCACGACGGCCCCCUUCCGCAGCACGAGCAUCAUCCCCAAGAGCUUCACCAUCUUCCCCAAAUGGACGGGCCAGGUGCUGGGACCCUUCCUGCUCGUGCUGGGCAGCGAGAUGCUGGUCGACUGGCUCAAGCACGCGUACAUCACCAAGUUCAACAACACCAAGCCGGCCGUCUACGGCCGCUUCCUCGACGUGCUGGCCAAGGACUACUACUCGAACGCCUUCUUCGACCAGAACCUGACCAAGCGCCUCGGCCUGCCCGUGCUGCCGCUGGCCUGCCUCUUCAUCCGCGCCACCAUCCAGACCUACCACAUGUUCCUCGCCACGCACAUGCCGCUCCCCAUCCCCUCGCCCGCCACCAGCCUCUCCGUCGAGAGCGCCGGCUCGCAAGCCACGUCGUCCUCCCCCGCCACCACCGCCGCCCUCGCCCACAUCGACCACAUCUUCCGCCGCGCCCUCGGCCGCUCGUCCUUCGGCGCCGGCAGCACGACUUCCUCGUCGUCAUGGCAUCUCUGGUCCCUCGACGACGUCAUCGCCUUCACGACCAUGAUCGUCGUCUUCCUCGUCGCCUACUUCGUGCUGCUGGCCUGCAAGCUCGUGCUCGGCAUGGUCCUGCUCGGCUUCGCGCGCGCCCGCUACAAGGGCAUGAAGGAGCGCGAGAAGAUGCUGACGACGACGGACGGCAAGCGCGUCGGCGGGUGGGGCGUCGUCGAGGUCGAGGACGACAAGAAGCGCUGGAUUUACGCGGAUGAUCCGGAGGGCCUGCGGGCGUUGAGGGAGAGGGAGGCUAAGGCGAGGGAGAAGGAGGCGAAGGAGGCGAGGGGGGCGGAUGGGAAGUUGGAGGGGACGAGUCGGUAUAGUAUGGUUGCGAAGAGGAUUUGGUAG